GGGAGCUCCACCAGCAACGAUGACGACCGACGAGCCGCAGAAGCCCGAGACGGAGCUGACCGUAGAUGCGCAGGCCGAGGCGAUCAACCAGGCUCCCGCCUCCGGGUCCUCGGUCACGUCCACAAGCCUGGGAGGCCGCGUACGCAAGAGCACGCAGACGUUUACGUUCACACAGGCCAAGAGUGACGAGCCGGAGGAGUUUUCGCCUCCAGUAGGCAAGGGCGUCAAAGUACGAGAAAUGGAGUUUGUCAAGAACAAUGUCGAGGCUUUGGGCAAGAAGCAGCACGACAUGAUCAAGCAGCUCUACAGCAUCAUGUAUGGCCGUCGCUUCCAGCAGAAGAACGUGAAAUUGAUCAAGGAGCACAUUCUGGACUUCUCAGGCAUCAUUGAGCAGGACGAGAAGUCGCGGGAGCACCUUGUUGCCAAGAUGGGCAAGUGGAAACUCAUUUUCGUCCACGAAGUGAUGGAUCUGCUGGCGGUGGAUCGCUCUAAGAAAUCUUUUGACGAGGAAGAGAAACCGCACAACAAGGAAGCGCUGCUUGACCGGUUGGUGGACUGGCUGUACAACCCGCAAGUGACAAAGCUUGGCGAAAAGAAGGCUGCGAUUACUGCGAGGAAGGAGAAGGCCAAAUCGAACAAGCGCGCGAAAAAGGCUAAAAACGCUAAAAAGAGCGACGGCGAGCCUGCGAAGAAGAAGCGGAAAACCACCAAGAAGAAAGCGGUUGCAGCUGACGAAGAGGAAGACGAGGAGGACGACCACGAAGGCACCGAGUCUGAAGGGGACGAAUCAUCCAGCGACUUUGAGGAAGCGAAAAAGGUUACCAAGAAAAGGAAAACCACUCGUCGGUCAAAGAAGUCGCGCGUGGUAGAAAGCGACAAUGAGGAAGACAACGAAGAUGACAAUGAGAAGGUCGAAUCUGCCGAUAAUGACGAGGAGCAGCCUGCUGCUGAGCCGGAGGAGGCCAAUGCCGCUGACAAGGAAGAAUCGAAGCCUGAGACGGAGACUCUGGGCGCCGAUGUCUGCAGCAAGGUCAGGGAUAUCAUCGCCCACGGUAACGCUGAAGAGCUGACAGUCAAGAAGAUUGUACGGCAGCUGAGCGCGGACUUGGGUCGCGACAUGUCGUCGCAGAAGAAGGCUAUCAAGGAGUUCAUCACGAACGACCAGGCGGAAAUUUAGACUGCACUUUGAAGUUUUGUUCAAUUCUUCACGGCAGCUACAGUAGUUCUAUACGAAUACUUGCUGCGUCCAAGCUUUUCAUGACCCAGAUCACACUUACGUGUGGCAUGAUAGCUUUUUGGAUGCAGCUUGGUAUUUUCUACAAUUUAAUGCCUUUUGAUGUC